CAUGCCAGGACUUGUGUCUGCGGCAGCGCCUAGCAGCCUUCACUGACUGAAGGAAGUGUGUUGGGGGUUGAGUGGAGCAGAGCAGUGCAGCAGUUCAGGAACAGAGCAGAGCUUCCAUUUUAACACGGCCAACAGAAGCCAACAGCCAGUAGUAGGAGUCAGCUGCAACAGCCUGGGAGGGAGGGAGCAGCAGUGGGGGCGGCAAAGCCAGACAAAGUGAGCUCACAGAAGUGCCUCUGAUCACCCUGCAACCGCAUUCCAGCACAGGAGAAUGAGCCAGUCAGCCUCCUCUAAGCCUGUGUGACGGGACCUAAACUAAACCUCAUCUUCUCUUCUCUUCUUUGCCUGGACUUUAUCACCCUCCUCUUUUUCAGCAGUGUCUGACUGACAAGGGAUUUCAAAGGAAGAAGGAGAAUAAAAGGUCCUAUUUUCAGUUUUGAAACGCUCUCCUUCCCUCCCUCCCAACAGCAAGAAGACCCAGAUGUGAGAAUGGAUGAGGGAUACGAACUUGACCUGACCUACGUGACUGAGCGCAUCAUCGCCGUGUCCUUCCCUCGGACAUGCUCAGAAGAGAUCUACCUCCACAAUCUGAAGGAUGUCACCCGGAUGCUCAAGUCCAAGCACGCUGAUAACUACCUGAUUAUCAACCUGUCGGAGAAGAGACAUGAUCUCUCUAAAAUGAACCCUAAGACUCUGGACACGGGCUGGCCUGACCUGCAUGCCCCUCCUCUGGAUAAGAUCUGUACCAUCUGUAAGGCCAUGGAAGGCUGGCUCAACGCUGACCCUCUACAUGUGGUGGUCAUACACUGCAGGGGUGGGAAAAACAGAAUUGGAGUGGUCAUCUCAUCGUUUGUGCAUUUCACUGACAUAUCUGCCAGUGCUGAUCAGGCCCUGGACCGCUUUGCAAUGAGGAAGUACUAUGACGACAAGGUCUCAGCAUUGAUGACACCUUCUCAGAAAAGGUAUGUUUGGAUCCUGAACAGUCUCCUGAGUGGGUCGAUGAAAAUGAAUGCUUCUCCACUGUUCCUGCAUUACAUCAUUCUUCAUCGGAUACCCAACUUCAACACUGCAGGAGUGUGUCGCCCAUAUCUGAAAGUCUACCAGGGAAUGCAAGCUGUCUACUCCUCAGGGGUCUAUCACAUUGGGCCUGGACACAGAGACAGGAUAUGCAUCAGUCUGGAACCUGCUCAGCUGCUAAAGGGAGACAUAAUGGUGAAAUGUUACCAUAAGAGUGAUGUCACUUCGGAGCGUGAGGUCAUCUUCCGGCUCCAGUUCCACACGGGAGCAGUGCAGGGCUACAACCUGAUGUUCGAGAAGGAGGACAUGGAGACUGCCAAUAAAGAACCUAGAUUUCCUGAUUACGGGAAAGUAGAGCUGGUGUUCUCUGAGGGCCCGGAGAAGAUCCCAGGUGCAGAGCGCUGGCAGAACGGGGCAGACGUCAGUGUGGACUACAACACAGCCGACCCUCUGACACGAUGGGACUCCUACCAGAACAUCAAUGACGGGGAAGUGCCUCGCUCUCAGGGCCUGGCCCAGGACAAAGCAGCCCUGUCCAAGAGGAGCGCUAACGGGGGAGGAUCCACCAACAUGACCCUGGGCCGUGGAGCCCACCGAGCCACCUCUAUCACCAGCAGCCCCGACCACAGCGACCACGCCCUGUCAGCCAGCAGCGACUCAGGCCUGUCCAGCACCUCCCUGUGGACCGACCGACCCCCAGCUCCUAUCACCACCAGCACCAGGUCCCAGCAGGGCCCCAGCCGCCAGGAAAAGGCCCAGCUGAAGCGCCUGCUGAGUGGGUUUGGCCUGGAGGAACCCUCCCGAGAGGUCGAGGAGAUGUCUGAGUGCGGAGGUGGAGGGCCAGGAGGGGUGGCCUUCCAGAGACUGGUCCAAGUCCAGGUGCAUGUCGUCGGAGACCCGCGGCCCCCCAGGGAGAGGGAAACGGACAUCCUGGAUGACCUGGUCCUCCUGUCGGGUCACGACCUGCACAGUGUGGACAGCCUGGGAACCCUGUCAUCGUCCUGCCACAAGAGCAGCCAGAAUUCCCUGCUGUCGGAUGGCUUUGGCAGCCCCGGGGGAGAGGAGCUCCAACACCAGCACCACCACCCAGCCCCUGCAGCCAUGGAGGAGUACGAGAGGGCCUACGCUGAGGCCCGGAGGGGCUGUCUGGGCCAAAGGAGUGCUUCGAUCUCUGCCUCCACCCCAGCCAGCACUGUUCCCAUGCCCAAGCAGCAGGUCUACCUACAGGGCAGCUACUCCACACACACCUGGGUGCGCCAGCAGCAGAUGGUAGCAGCCCAUCAAUAUGCCUACCUGCAGGCCGAGGAGGGUGAGGAAAGAGAGAGGUACCCAGGGAACAACAAGCAGCAGGAGGGAAGCCCACCCAAACCACCAGCCCCUACAGUGCCACAACAAAGCUCCGUGCUGAGGAUGGACACUGCUGUCCAGAGAACGGUGAUGGCCCUGCCAGAAACUCACAGUGAGCAGUCUCCUGCGGUCGUCAACAAGAACAAGCGAGACGAGGAGUUCAACUCUUUGACCGUGGACAUUGAUAACUCCAUCGACCAGCUCAACCAGUUGAUUAUGGACCUGGACCCCACGUUCAUGCCGGUCCCCACACGCUCCAGCUCGGUCAAGAGGAACGGAGGUACAGGGACGCACGUGAAUGGCUCUGCCACCACCACCACCACCACCUCAACAGGCUGCCCCAAUGGAGUCAGUCACAGACUCAUGGAUAACAGUACAGCCCCACUGCAAAGCACACAGCAGUCAGCCGUCCCAUCGUCCAUUGGUGAUGUCAGAGUGGACGCCAUGCAGAGUCUGAGUCGGCAGGUCAGUGAUGUCACAGAUCACCCAGGGUUCUGUGGCUCAGGUUGGGGUGUGCAGGAAGACUACAGGAGCACACGGACCUACUCACCCUGCGCACCUCACUCACAGCAUGGCAUGCUAUACAGGAGUGACAGUGUGGACUACAGAGCUCAGGGUUCAGAGAUGGACAGCGGAGUGGAGGCUGGUAGUGACAUGACUCCUCCUACUCCUGCCUUCCCCAUCUCUCCCCCUACACCUUAUGUGAAAAACAUGCCGGAAUUCCCUCACCUGAGGCAAUCUCCGUCUCCCAGCAUGCAAUCCUUCGGAGCUUACAGGAUGGAUCAGGAGCCUCAUGGUUACUUAGAGAUGAUUGGUCACCUUCCCCAGUCCACAGUUGAGGGCCUACCAGACUCCUCCUCCAGCAGCCAUAGGUCCUUUGGCUCCUCUCGCUCCGCCUUCACAAGUGGGACGCUCCAAAGGACAGACAGCCCCUCCAUGGGUCAGCCCUGGCCAGAGGACAGAGCCCUCCUGAGCCGCCACGCCUCCCUUAGCACCUGCCCCACCCCCAGGCACCUCCCUCCCCACUCCAUGUCCCUGGACUAUGGACACCACUCCCCUCCCAUGCACCCCCACCCGGCCCCCAAUGCCCACAGCUCCCCCCGGGGAAGCCAGCGGAGCCACAUGGCCCGCUACGCCCUCACCCACAGCCCCGCACACAGCUUUGAUGAGCAGGACGACUCAGGCCUGGGGAGCUACGGCACCGUCGACUGCCCAGUCUCUGCCUCUCCUCUUCUGGGGAACGGAGGGAUGGAGAGGGGCAUGUUGAUGUCUGGUUCCAUGGACCAGCAGGGCACCAUCCGGACCCAGCAGCACCAGCAGCUCCAGGCCCAGGGGGCCUUGCCUCCGCUGCUGCCCGAGAAGAGGAGGGCAUCAGACGGGGAGCACUCCCUGGGCACGGCCUCCCCAGCCCCCAGCGGGUUCUCCAGCCCACACAGCGGGAGCUCCCUCAGUAUCCCCUUCCCCAAUGUCCUGCCUGACCUCUCAGCCUCUGCACAGAUGCUGGACAUUGCCUCACCUCUGCCAGAUGUCCUGGCCAUCAAGCAGGUAACUGUAAAAUUUGUGCAAGACACAUCGAAGUUCUGGUACAAGCCUGAUAUCUCCAGGGACCAAGCUAUCUCAGUCCUGAAGGACAAAGAGCCUGGGUGUUUCAUUGUACGCGACAGCCACUCCUUCAGAGGUGCCUAUGGGCUGGCCAUGAAGGUGGCCACACCCCCUCCCUCAGCCCUGCAGCAGACCAAGAGAGGAGGAGAUCUGUCCAAUGAGCUGGUCCGUCACUUCCUGAUUGAGUGUACACAGAAAGGAGUUCGGUUGAAGGGCUGUCCCAAUGAGCCCUACUUUGGAAGUUUAACAGCGUUGGUGUGCCAGCACUCAAUCACUCCCCUGGCCCUGCCCUGCAAACUCAUCAUACCUGACAGAGAUCCUCUUGAAGACAUGGUGGAGAAUACUACUACACAAUCUAUCACCAACUCUGCUGCUGAGCUGCUCAAACAAGGAGCAGCAUGUAACGUGUGGUUCCUGGGCUCGGUGGAGAUGGAGUCUCUGACGGGGUACCAGGCUGUGCAGAAGGCCACCAGUGUAACGCUGGGCUCAGACCCUCUGGGUUCAGACCCUCUGCCCACCUCCACCGUGGUCCACUUCAAAGUCUCCUCACAGGGUAUCACCCUCACUGACAACCAGAGGAAGUUAUUCUUCAGAAGGCAUUAUGCAGUGAACACUGUCAUCUUCUGUGCAUUGGACCCUCAAGAUCGGAAGUGGAAAAAAGAUGGCUGCACUUCAGCAAAGAUCUUUGGCUUUGUGGCAAGGAAGACGGGCAGCGGGCAGGACAACGUGUGCCACCUGUUUGCCGAGCACGACCCCGAGCAGCCCGCCAGCGCCAUUGUCAACUUCGUCUCCAAGGUGAUGAUUGGCUCCCAGAAGACCAAGUAGACCUGUCAUGCUGCUAGCUGAUUGGCUGUUUCUGUUUGGCUGUUUCUAAAACUGGAAACUGUAUUGUACAACCCACAACCUGAGGGUUAUGACCCAGGACUUAAUACGUUGGAUACUGGAAGGCAGUGGAAGAGAGUUCCACCAACAGAACUAGAGUGAGUUCUGUGAGUCUCUAUUUCUAUGUUUCCCCCACCUAAGAAUGGGAUACAAUGAACAAUGUAUAACUGGACAUUGGAUAGAUUUCUCUUGAUAACGAGCAUGCAAAGACUUAUAAGUUCCAACUCCACCACCUAUCCAAGUAAACUCCUAGUCACAGCACAGAGGGAGCUGUGGACCAUCAGCAGGACAGGAGACUCAAUAAAAUCUUUCUUGAGUCGAAUGAAAACUCAAAACUUCCUUUGACUUCAUUUUCUAAUAGACUCACCUAAUGAUGAGCAUUAGGGGUGUGUAUGCAGGGAAACAUAGAAUACAACAGGUAUAUUAUAACAUGUGUAUUUCAUUUUCAUUUAUUGUUAUAGAACUAAUACAGGUGUUUGCAUUUCUGUCUUGAAGGGGUUUACAGUUUUAUGUAUCCCAGCUCUUUACAAGUUAGUUACAUAUUCCUAUUCUCAACAUGCUCUGUAUGGUGUGAUACUAUACUAAAGUUAGUUACAUAUUCCUAUUCUCAACAUGCUCUGUAUGGUGUGAUACUAUACUAAAGUUAGUUACAUAUUCCUAUUCUCAACAUGCUCUGUAUGGUGUGAUAUUAUGCUAAAGGUGAACCUAGAAGUCUGGCAUGUAAGGGUUUGUCAUGUCGAAUAUUUAACCAAAAUGAAAGAAACAAUAUAAAUAAAGCAUUACUCAAGCUAUUAAAAAGGGUAAUGAAAAAUACAUUAAAUCAUAACUUUUCCAUACUUCAUGAAAAAAUAUUUUUUUUGUGAAUGCAUCAAAUACUAUUUUAAAAGUAAUAUCUAUUGACUUCAAAUAUCCCUAAACUCAUGUUUUACCAUCCCAAUAAUUUCUCUUGAACUUUGAUGUUGCUAACUCUGGAAACGUAUGUGAGUUUAACCACUAUCAAAACUAAAAUACACACAAAUGCUAUGAUCUGGAUGGGGAGUGUUAGGAUGAAUUAAACCACAGACCAUUAUUUUAUAUGUAAACCCUAAUAUAUUAUAUGAUUAGUUUAUCUAAUUAGUUCAUUACUUGUACUUCAAACUCCUUUAUUACUUAAUUCAGUAAAACUUUGUCUGGAAGAAUGUUUAAACAUUGAUACAUCACUGUUUGUUUUUCCUCUGGCUAAUCUCAAAUAAUUGUUUUCAAUUGUAUUUUUGGUGGUAUAUUAUUGCCUCUAACUAUAUAUUGGAAUGUCUCAUUGUUAAUAUAAAUAUAUAUAUAUAUAAUAAGGUGUCUUAUAUAUAUAUAUAUACAUUAGAGGACAUUUGUAUUAUAUAUUUCAUUUGGAAUUCAUAAUUUUUUUUGUGUUGGAACAAUAGGUGAUUAUUGAGCUAAAUGGAAAAGUGCAAAUUUAUUAACAUUGCCCACUCAAUGCACCGUGUGAGCUCAAUCAAGCGCAACUUUUAAAACACAUUUUUGUCUAAAUUGACUUUCCUGAUCACUUAUUUCUUUAUGUCAAAUAAUCUGGACAGGGACCAUCUAAUCCAAUACGGUUUUGUUGAAAUAUUAUACAGUCAUUGUUUAUUUA